ACAGCGGGAACAAGUGGAAAAGCUUCAGACUUGAGUCAGAUGAGCAGCAGCAGCUCUGCACUUUGAUGUUUUUCAUCUGAAGAUGUUCAGUUUGGUGAUCUUCUGUCACGUUUGGUUCCUGCACACAGAUCUGAUUGGCUGCAGUGAAAACUCCACAGGUACAGCAGUGAUCCAGUUUUCGGUCCCAGAAAAUCACCACAUCUGCCUACAGUGCAACGGCUCUGACCGGUCCGAUGUGGUCUGGACCCAUCAGGACAGGAAGGUCCUGGUGACCCGACAGGGCAGCUACGAGACCAAUGAGGACCGUAAGCGCUUCCUCCUGCUAUCUGAUGGCGGCCUCUGCCUCUUGCGGCUUGACGACUCAGACAGCGGGAAGUUUCGUUGUAACCAGCAGCUGGUGGCUCAGCUGGAGGUGCUAACAGGCCAUGACUUCAGGGUGUCUGCAGGCCGGACACUGCUGCUUCCCUGCAGCGGCUCCUCCAGACCCAAAAAGCGGUGGGAUCACCGGAGGGAAGGAAGAAAGUGGGCGACCAUCCUCACCCGGUUCAAAAACAGAACGGUGAAAGCAGAGAGGAGCAGGCUUAGCUUUGGGAACGAUGCCUUGCAAAUCCAGGACCUGCAGCCAGAGGACGCUGGAGAGUAUCAGUGCAACGGAGAGCCACAGGCCAGACUCACCGUCCUCACAGUGCAGCCGGAGCCGACAAGCAUCCAGCAAACCACCAGUAUGACUACAACACCUGCUGUCAUGGAAACAGAUGCAGUUGAAAAAAAGAAGGAGAAGAAGAGGCCUGAGAAUGCUCUGCUGUUGGUCGCUGUGGUCGGGUUGGGGUUAAUGAUCCUCCUCUUGGUUGCCGUCUGUGUUUUACUAACCAACAUGAAGUGCAGGAAGAAGAAGAAAUACAGAAGUACAGCUCAGAGGGAUGAAGACACAGAGCUGCAGCCGUGGAAAACGUCCAACACACAAACUGAGCAUCAGGUUUAUGAGAAUCCGUCUCUGCCUGAGGAGACGAUCCACUACGCCUCUCUGGGCCGACAGAACUGGAAGGAGAGACCCAGCAGGACUCCACCGGACCAGGACCAACAUGACGUCAUCUACUCUUCUGUCAUCACCAGGCCGGCCGCCAAACACAAACGCACUCGGCUGCAUCCUGUGGCAGCGCUCUAACAGUCAGCAGUGCAACGAAAUGUUACAUAUGAAACCACUGGAGGCUGUUUCUCAUCACAAAUGCACUUUCCUUCAGUAAUCAUAUGCUCAUGUGAUUAACACUUUUCUGUUCUAUUUUCUAUUCUGUAUUUCAAUUAACUGUUUUGCUCCUUUAGAGGAAAUUCACCUUGCAACAGCUUUUAAAAAAGUCAUGUGGUACAUGAAAAGUAGAAAAAAAUCACUUUCUUGCAGA